UACACAACCUACAAGAUCAAGAAAGGAGAGCCAGGGUCCUUUUACCCUUUUGUCUUCAAUGACAUCAUGGGCCUGGAACCAAACCACGGUGUCCUGGUGGACGACGUCAAACUGGCUUUAAAGGGACACGUGAAGGACGGUUACAAGUUCAAUCCUGUAUCUAGCUUGUCAGAGAAUGAUGCAUUCUACAACAAUUCCCCAAAUUUCAACGACAAAGUCCAUGUUCUGGUUUGUGUCGUUCCCGCCGACACAGUUUCUCAAAUGAAGGAUGAAACUGUGCGGAAGAUUCGGGACAUCAGGAUGGAAGCCAGUGAACUGAAGAUUCCUCAAGUGGCCAUUCUCACCAAAAUUGAUGAGUUCCAUCCUGAGAUCAAAGAUGAUGUAAAGAAGGUCUACAUGGUCAAGGACAUGAAGAACAAGAUGGAGCAAUUCAGUGCCAAUGUGGGAAUUCCAAUGAACUGCAUCUUCCCUGUGAAGAACUACGAAUCAGAAAUCGACCUCGACAGUGACGUUGACUCGCUGAUCCUGAGCUCACUGAAAAGCAUCAUCAACUUUGGAGAAGACUCCAUCGACUUCGACGAGAGUCAGUCUGAAUGCUUAAACUGAAAUGUUUGAACGCAGCAUAUAUAGACCGUAUUUCAGGACGUCAGAAUAACGAUCUGCAAGAAUUCCAGAGGGAUCUUGUAAAUUAUUUCAUUACACAUUGCUUUCACUUCAUAACCCCUGGAAACUUGCCUUAAAAUCUUCAGUGUUUCUCAGCAACAUUACAUAUGCAUGACUCAAUAAGCAGCUAUUAAAGUAUAAAAUAAAAAUAAUGAACACCCAACAAGUCAGUUAAUCUGCUUCUUUAGGACUGUUGGUGUGGUUUGUUCAGAUGUAGAUGAUGAAUAUGUGGCAUUGUCCCGCCCUGAUCAAAUCACUGAGGAGAGGUGAAAAAAGAAUGUGAAUGUGAAUUAACUGAAACUGUUCUAGCUUCGUAUAAUAACAAGGAAUUCAUGCAAGAGUUUAUCACAAAUAUGUUUCCAGUGCUUUUAAUUCAACAUACCGACCAGUGUCUACAUCUUUACUUUGCAUGAUGUUUAUGAAUAACAUUGUUUGUCUUGAUUGUAAUAGAAAUCCAAAAGUUUCUGAAGAUAUCAAACAUUUCAGGCUGCAGCCAUGAAAUCAUCAAAUCCUGUGUUAUAAUAUUUCACCCUAUGUAACCACCAUGAAGCUUCAAUAAACAGCUGAAAGACAAUUAAUCUGCUUUUGUCACCUUCAGCACGAU